AGAUCGCCCUAAAGGGAAAGCGGCCAAUGCCUUGCUGAGAGCCCCUGAGGCAAAAGCACCUGGCAGAGGUUAAAGCCCAGCAAAGAGCAGCUGGAAGGAGUGGCUGAAAGGAGGUAGCAAGACAGACUGCUGGUGAAAGCUCCUUUUACACCCGAAGCAACACGAGCGGCACUCGCUUUUCUGCUGAGUCGGGCAGCGGGAAAUCCCAUUUCAGCUGGACAACCAGAUCCUUCCCCUCCUCCUCCUGCAGGAGAAGUAAAUGGAUUUUCUCUCUCUCCAAAAAAGAGAGAAAGAGGCAUGCCUGUCGCAACCGACUGAUUCAUCGCUUUCUUCUGGCACCCGCACCAGAUCUGCCAACACAGCCGUGCCUCCAGUGGCAGGCUUCGGAUCAAGACCACGUUGUCCGUCCCUGGCACUUGAGCAAGAGAGAAGCAGAUCACUCAUUUGCCAGUCGACUGCAAGCAAUUGAUUCUCUCUCUGGGGGGGAAACAGCUUCUCGCGGAUGGCACGCCAGAGGCUGGUGAUUAUGCAUGGAAAGAAUUUCUAGAGGGUCCGGAGAUAUUUGGCUGUCACUAGAACUCACACGGUGACAACGGUGCUCCACACUCACAGCACAACCACAAGGAUAACGACGUCCACAGCAACUUGAGCUCACAAAUGUGGCCAGGUAGAUUUGUUUUGCCAGGAAGGUUUAAAAACAUAAAGCCCUCUGGCCACAAGGAAACAAUUUUUCUCUGUCUACCUGUGUGGUGGAACCUAUAUUGGGAUAUGCGCAUGGGUGCUGUGAACCUUAAAGUGGUCCUUGGAUUUCUGUUUGCAUAAUAGGACUGGAGAGGUAGGUGAUUACAGCCUCUUCUUGGAGCGUCUUUGGGGUCAAGGCCCAGAAUCUUAGCUGCCUUCUACCGAGUCAGACCCCUGGUUUAUCUAUCUCAGUAUCAUCUACACUGACUGGCAGCAGUUCUCCAAUGUUUCAGGCAGGAGUCUCUCCCAGCCCUACUUGCAGAUGCCGGGAUUGAACCUACAGCCUUCUGCACGUGGAGCAGAUGCUCUAUCACUGAGCUCAUCCCUGAAAACAAUACAGCCAACAAUUUGGCCCUGAAAACAGCACAGGAAACUGCCUUAUACAGAGCGAGAGAACAUUGGUCCACAUAGAUCAGUACUGUCUACACUGACUGGCAGCCGUUCUCUGGGGUUUCAGACAGGGGUCUUUCCCAGUCCUACUUGGAGAAGACAGGGAUUGAAUCCGGGACCUUCUGCAUGCAAGGCAGAUGCUCUGCCAAUGAGCUAUGGCCUUGUCUUGAUUGGGUGCAGAGUGCAGACAUCAUGGAGCGGGACCAAUGCACCCUCCCGCCCUGCCAACUUAAGAACAGUAGCAGUCUCGCCAAUAUCACUGCCGAGGUCCUCAGCAGCGCCAGUGACGGCUUGGUGACAUCCUUCCUGGGGUGCUUCUUGGCCGCGAUGUGCCUCAUCGGGAUGGUGGGGAAUAUCUACACCCUGGUGAUAGUCAACCUCUCUGUAAGACUUACCGGCUCGAUGUACGUUUACAUCGUCAACCUGGCUUUGGCCGAUCUCUUGUAUCUUUCCACCAUCCCUUUUGUCGUUUGCACCUACUUUGUGAAAGACUGGUACUUUGGCGACGUGGGGUGCAGGGUCCUCUUCAGCCUGGACCUCCUCACCAUGCAUGCCAGCAUCUUCAUCCUCACGGUCAUGAGCACCGAGAGGUACCGGGCCGUCGUGAAGCCUUUGGACACCAUCCGGAGGCCCAGGGAUUAUCGGAGGGCCGUGGUCUGCGCCAUCUGGCUGGUCUCCUUCCUCCUGGCUCUGCCCACCAUGAUCCUCAUCGACCUGCAGACGAGCAACCAGGGUGGGGUAGUCAAGCGGAUGUGCCGCCCCACCUGGCAGAUGGAGGGCUACAAGAUCUACCUCACCGUGCUCUUUGGCACCAGCAUCCUGGCCCCGGGUGUCGUCGUCUGCUCUUUGUACGUCAAGCUGGUGAGGACCUAUUGGAGGUCUCAGGUGUCCACCUUCGGCCCCGGAGACACGAAGCAGCGGUGCCCUAGGCAGAAAGUCCUGUACAUGAUAUUCUGCAUCAUCCUCACUUACUGGAUCUGCUUCAUCCCCUUCUGGCUCUGGCAGCUUCUCAGCGUCUACCACCGCCAACCGAGCAACCUCAAGAGUCACACUGUCGUUUGCAUCAAUUUCCUGGUGACCUGCCUGGCUUACAGCAACAGCUGCAUCAACCCUUUCCUCUACACAUUGCUGUCCAAGAACUACAAGGAGUACUUGAAAAGCCAGCCGAGGAAUGGGCUCAGCCUCUCCAAAAUCAAGCCCAGGAGAGGUUCCUCGAGGCGAUCUGUGCUGUCUGGCAGCCACGUGCACACCGAGAGUGUGGCAAUUGCUCAGAUGGAGGGCAUCAACGACGAGGACAUCUUUGUCUUGUGAACAGGUCAGUCUCCACUCCUGGAUAUUCUGACAGUGACCUGUGGCCAGAGUUCUCUUUGCUCUACAAAUGCCUUGGCAUGGACAGAAACUGAUAUUCAGCACCCAAUCUCAGCUCUCAUUUAGAAGUUAUAGAUACUGUAAAUGCAGGUUGCUAGGCGUCUAAAACGUAAGCUCAGAGCAAUGCUGAGGAAAAUCCUAGAAGCGCUCUGUAUCUAUCUAUCAUCACUGCAUCUUCUUCCAGCCCCCACAAAAUAACAUUCUUAUCUGGAAAAGCUAAAAAUGUGACCAGGUUUUCUUGGAUUCCCUUUGAAUCCAUUCCCCUUGGAGGCAGAAUUAAUGUGUUUCCCCCACCUCAAUCAAUUCACACAGGAGUUCCCAACCUUGGGUCCCGCAAGAUGUUGUUGAACUACAAUCCCAUCACAAUAGCCGAAGGUGCAGAGGAUGAUGGAAGUUGUUGUCCAACAACAUCUGGGGACGAUGGGGUUUGCAAAGGACUCAAGGCUGGGGACCCUUGAAUUAGCAGAAGCCAACAUAUGCAACUAUGUUUUGAUUUCCACGAUCGGAUAGAAGAAUAACAUAAAAGCCACCUUGCUAGAUUGGAUUAGAGAGUCCCAAGAGGAAACUAUUUCCUCGAGUGGCCCACCAGAUGCCCCCAGGAAGCCCACAAGCAGGAAAUACAGGCAUGAUGCCCCCCAGUAAUUGAAAUUCAGAGGUAGACCGCCCCUGUACACAGAGGCUCCACACAGUCAUCAUGACAAAAAGCUAGUGAUCAAACUCUUUUCUGCCAUUAACCAAAUUUCAACUUUGUUUCAAGCCUUCAUACAGCUUCUUCGGUUUCCUCUGAACACUCUCAUCAUUUUGACUCCACUCUCCUAGACUUCCCUGCUCCAACAUUUCCCACAGACUGACAAACUCACUCUGCAAACUCUACCUGUCAAAUGAAGCAGAUCUUUGGUUUGCC